AUGAAUUUGCUUUAUUACCCGAAAGAUGUCGUCAAAAAAGCAUUGGAGAGUUAUCAAGUAGAGGACUAUGAGAGUGAUGAUGAUCUGUAUGAUGAUGAGGAAGAUCAGCCUUCCAACCUGCCUGUGUACCUGGAUUCACACUCGAUAUCAAAAGUUCACAGAAACCUUAGGUUUUAUAUUGUGAUUGAUGGUCUUCCUAAUCAGAGAAUCCCAAUCAGCCUGGAUGGGGAAGAGGAUAUGAAAUAUUUUGAAACCCAGGUAUCAGAGAUGCUACAAUUUAAACUUGAUUUCCUAAAUGGUUUAACUAUUUCUUCUCUAAUUCCUCGUGAAGAGCUACCAAAAGAGGGUCCAAUUAAGGAUGCGAUCACAGAAAAUGAUGUUUUGCAUUGCUCUUUGGAGACACGAGACAUCUGGGUCAAGUGCAUCAUAAUAAUGGCUGUUACCAAUCCUCAAGGAGGAAAGCAAGCACAGACUCAGCGAGUACGUACAGAGAUGAGUAUAAAACUGAACCUAAAACACUACCUUGAAGAAUUCAAGAAUAUUAUUCAAAAGUUAACCUACUGAAUCUGGAACAAGUUUUGAUAUGAGGAAUAUCAAGGAAAGAACGACUCCUACGUUCUUACCGAUAUAGACUAUGAGCUCAGCCAAGAAGGCCUCGAUUUUUUAUGGAAACGGCAACAAAUGAGAGUUGAGAAGAAAUUAAACCAAUUUCCAUCGUCUCCUGAUGCCAAACGAGCUGUAGAUAUGUCCUUCUCAGUAAAGAAGGGUAAAACUAAAAAGAACGCGAAAUAUGGAAGACAAACCUCGGUUUUUAAUGAUCAAGAACCUUCACAGAAGUUAAAGAGGAAUAUUAUCUACAAGUUUUAUAAUAGUGAAGGUACUGUUGGUGACUUCUUCGGAUUCCCGCUUGAAACAGAAUAUGUCAAUGACCCCACACUUGAAAAGAAAAGAAAAAGAGAACGUAAAGAUAAUAAAGAUAUUGCUCAACCGAUGAUUUUUGAGGAGAAAAACGCUCUUGUAAAUAUGUUCUUAGUCAAAUGCACUUUUGAGCCGAUUCAAGAAGUUUUUCAAGAUUUCCUUAAUAUCGGAAUUAAUCAAAAAUAGGAAGUGUUCAACUUAUCUUGGUUAUUUGAUUAAGAGGUCUCCAGAAAUCCUUGAAACUGUAAAGAAAGCUCUUGGCUACCAUGAGCCAAAGAAUAGCAAAUUUGAAUACUGCAAAGAUGUGCAUGUUGACAUGGAAUUUGUACACGGAGAUAAGGCCGAAGAACUAAAACUAUCCGAAUCUUACAGUAAACUCAAGAAUGACUUCCAAGAGCAUGCUGAUAAUAUGGACAGAACACUUGACCUAAGUUUCAGGAUGUUCGGGAAUAUCUUGGUGAAAUAUGACAAACAACAUGAAGCAAGCAUGAAGAAAAACUCCAAGCAUUAUGAUUAUGAGCACGAGUUUAUUGAGAAGCUUCAAAACCAGAAAAAGGAGUACCAUGACCUUAUGAUCAAAGAUAGCAUUGUUGAGGAAGAAGGAAAACUACACUCUGAAUCACACGAGGAAAGAUUUGACAAAUUGAAACAACUUAUGAAGGAGGAAACUUCUGAGUAUACAGAUCCGUAUGAUGAUGGCGAGCCAACCAUUGCUUUUUACCCAGGAGAAAGAGAGUUUAAAUAACUCAAUUAUGGAACAUCAAAAGAGAGACCUUGAUUCUUUAUAUACAGCUUCUUUUCAUCAUAGUUUUAUCGAGGAUGAAAAUAGGCAUACUCAAAAGUCUCAGGAUUCUCCUCUAUUAAUUUCAAGGGGAGUCUUAUCAGGAGCCCCUUCUAUGAUGUAUAGAGAUAGUGAUAGUAUUGAAAAUUUCUCAGGUAUUUUUGACGAAGUUAGAACUCAAAGAAAUUCUUUAGGAAUGGGAUUCCUCAAGAAAGAAAAUGAAAGCGAGGUCAAGCUGAAAAGGUUAAUACAUGUCUUAGCUGAGAAGGCCAUCACAUGAUGCUAUCCAGGAAGCAUCUCCUCAGAUUACCCUCUCUCCAUCCAAUUUCGAAACGAUGGGAGUCAAAUGGUAGUUGACCACACUAGUUGAGAACUUGUGGUAGAUUUCUUAAAUUUGAUCUCAAAGAAGACACCUACUUUGGAAAUUCAUCAGAUGAGUUUUGCGCAUUUGCCUGAGAUUAAGGACUUCAAGUAUAAGGCGUUUAACCAGGAUGAGGAUUAGGUUACAACCUGAACCUCUGU